AUGAUCUGCCGCAAGUGCUACGCCCGUCUGCCACCCCGUGCCACCAACUGCCGCAAGCGCAAGUGCGGUCACACCAACCAGCUCCGCCCGAAGAAGAAGCUCAAAUAA